AUGCAUUGGGGCGCCUUUGCGGCGCAGCACCGCGCCACCAGCCUCGGCGGCGAGCUCGGGCACGUCUUUGGGCGGCUGUACGUCGGGUCGGCGGCGGCGGCGGGUUCGCGGCGGCUGCUCUCGGCGCACGGCAUCACCCACGUCCUCAACUGCUGCCGGCUUCCGAAUGCGCUCGAGGGUGCCGAGGGUGCACCCUCCUACCUGCAGCUUCACCUCUCGGACUCGACUGCCGACGGGCCGAGGAUGGCGUCCGCCGUGCGGCGGGGCGUCGCCUUCGUCGACUCCGCUCUCUGCAGCGGCGGGGGCGUGCUGAUCCACUGCCACCGAGGCAUCUCCCGCUCGUGCGCGCUCGCCAUCGGCUACGCCGUCUGGCGCGAGCGAAUCACCGCCGAGGCCGCGUUCGAGCUUGUGCGGCGCGCGAGGCCGCAGUGCGACCCGAACCUGAGCUACCUCUGCGCGCUCAAGGAGUGGGAGCGGCAUACGCGCCGGCCCUUGCAACGCACAAACAGCUUCUGA